UCCCAUAAGCCCCCGGGCGUAAGCAACCGGAAAAAAUUGACUAUAUUCGCUUCCGGCGGCCUCUUUUCGUCGGCCGAGUCCAGCUGACAAUGGGCCGUGUGAUCAGGGGCCAGAGGAAAGGUGCGGGCUCCGUCUUCAAAUCCCACGUCAAGCACAGGAAGGGGGCGCCUAAGCUUCGGCGCAUCGACUUUGCCGAGCGCCAUGGCUACAUCAAGGGGAUAGUAAAGGAUAUUAUUCAUGAUCCCGGACGUGGGGCCCCGCUGGCCAAGGUAGCAUUCCGGGACCCGUACAAGUUCAAGAAGAGGACAGAGCUCUUCAUCGCUGCUGAAGGCAUCCACACGGGCCAAUUCAUCUACUGUGGCAAGAAAGCUCAGCUGAACAUCGGCAACGUGCUGCCUGUGGGCGCCAUGCCUGAGGGGACAGUCGUUUGCUGCGUUGAGGAGAAGCCUGGCGACAGGGGCAAGCUAGCCCGUGCCUCUGGCAACUACGCCACUGUGAUCUCUCACAACCCAGAGACCAAGAAGUCCCGGGUGAAACUCCCUUCUGGGUCCAAGAAGGUCGUUUCUUCUGCUAACAGGGCUGUCGUGGGUGUGGUCGCUGGUGGUGGCCGUAUUGACAAGCCCAUCCUGAAGGCAGGCCGCGCCUACCACAAGUACAAGGCGAAGAGAAACUGCUGGCCCCGUGUCCGUGGUGUGGCCAUGAACCCCGUAGAGCAUCCCUUUGGAGGAGGCAACCACCAACACAUCGGAAAGCCUUCCACCAUCAGGAGGGACGCCCCCGCUGGCCGCAAAGUUGGCCUCAUUGCCGCCCGUCGUACGGGCAGACUGCGCGGGACCAAGACUGUGCUGGAGAAGGAAGACUGAUGUAUUUGUUAAUAAAAUGCUGAAAGGUGAAACA